UAUUAGCUCCUCAAGUGAGGUCAAAUUACCCUUGGGACCGUCCAGCCGAUUCGUCCAAUCCGCAUGCGAUCGCUUCUAUACAGCCGAUUAAAUAAGCCGAUUUUAUUGGCUUUCUUGUAGCGCGUAUGGAGAGCGAUUUGCAGCUCGAGACAGCGCUUUUAGGGAAGCUGGUGCGUCAGAAUCGCAGCCAGCACAGAAGCGGGAAAUAUUUCCACGCGCUUCGCCAGCUCCACCGGAGACUAAGGGAUUUCCUCUCCUCUAACGUGCUCCAGCUGCUGCAGCAGAUUAAAGAAGCCACGCCCCCAGCGCUGCUGGCUGUUGCUCAAAGCCCUGAGCUAGCCAGCCAAUCCAAGCGACUCAUCUUCUCUCUAGAUUACAUUCAAGAGACCACGAGCCUCCUGAUUCGAGCUGCACGCCUUAUUGCGGGUCUGGUUAUAUUGGAGCGCUUUCUCCCCUUCUGUGUCACAUGUUUUGCCUGCUUGGGUCGGCUGCACAUCAUCUUGCUUCAGUGCCAGCUACACCACGUUUCGGCUUAUAAUCGCCUGUCGGCAACAGCAGCAAGAGGCAAGGUUUCUCUCCCCCCGACUCUCCCCCGGCAGUUACACCACGCCUGGCAAGGCCCCUCUCUCCUCAUCUCCUCUCGCCCCAUCCCUUCGCCUGGACCGAGCAGCAACACCAACGCCAACACAAACAGCAACAGCAACAGCAGCAGCAGAAAGGGCAAGACUGUGAAAAGCGGGGUGCUCGCAAACAGUGCAGACGUGCCUCCUUUUCCAGAAGAUGCCUGUGCUCCAACUACACUUGCUCCAGAAGCAGCCCCUCCAGGGACAUCUGGUGCAGGGGCAUCUGGUGAGUUACAGGGAGCAGAUUUACGAAGCAAGAGGCUGAAGAGUCAAGGGGGAGUCAGUCAAGAAGGAGACAGCAUAAAGAGAGAGAGGGGUCCGUUUGGGGCGGAUGGGCCGUCCAUGGCGGUGCUGAUGCAGGAGCUUGGGUUUGGAGAGUUUGUUUCUGCCCCGGGCAGCAGCGCUGGGACAAAGGAAGGGUAUCCGGGCAGAGGGAGCGGGAGGGAGAGGGGGAGGGGGAGGGUCACGGGGCAUAAGGAAGAGGAGGAAUUGGGGGAUGGGGAUGAUGGUGGGAGGGAAGGGAGGAGCACGAGAGGUGGGGAAGAGGGGGAGAUGGGUGAUGAGGAAGAGGGGGAAGAGAGUGGAGAGGGGGAGAAGGAAGGGGAGGAGAUGUCGGAGGGCGAGGGGGAGGAAGGUGAGGUGGAAGAGGAUGAGGGGAAAGAGGAUGAUUUGGAGGAUGGUGGGAUGGAGAAGGAUGGUGAUGAGGGUGGAGGCGCAAUUGCGGAGGAAACAGAGGCAGAUUUAUGUGGUAGGGAGCCUGAAGAGGAAAGGGAAGAGGGAGAAGAAGAGGAGGGGGAGGAGGAGAACGAGGGGAGGGAGGCUGUGAAAGAAACGAGACCGUCAAGCAUUGGGACUGGAGAAAAGAUUGCAGGAAUUGGUGCUGUGGUGAAUAGGCUUGAAGUUGGAGAUCGACAGGCGAAGCCAAGUAACCAAGCAGGUGUGGUGCCUGAAGCCGUGUCAGAACCGCGGCCUCAAUCAGAUGCCGAUGUUUCUACUGGGAAGUUACGGGGAGAGAAUGUGUCGAAUCACCAGAAAAGUAGCAUUUCUGGUAAGGCGAGAAAGAAGAAAGCAGCUGGGGUGGUUGGCUCGGGUUCGGAUGCCAAGGGUCGUGCGGAGGGACGAACUAGGCUAGGGAAUAGAGGGUGUUUGAAUAUGCAAGAAAAGAAAGGGGAAAAUAGCAAGAAAGAGAUGUCGAUUCUCAAGGACUUGCUAUCCUUGUAGUGGAGUUUGCUUUGUUCAAUUACAACAUGAUAAUGUGCUAU